AAUCUAUUUUACUUUCUUCCUAUUAUAUAUCUUAUUCUUCUUUGAAUCAAAAGAUGCCUUAUGGACAACUUGAAGUUUAUAUUGGAUAUGCAAGAGGCCUUGAAGAUCAAAAUUGGCUCACUGAUAUGAAUCCAUAUGUGGUCAUUACUUGCCAUACUGAAGAGAAGAAAACUAGUACUGCAUCAGGUGAAGGAGAGGACCCUGAGUGGAAUGAUUCCUUCUUAUUCACUGUUACUCGUGGUUGUGACGAGGUUCACAUCAAGAUUAUGGAUGAAAAUACUUUUCAAGAUGACGAUUUCAUAGGAGAAACAACAAUUCAAUUAGAGGAAGUGUUUCGCGAAGGAGAAGUGGAAGCAACCAUGUAUGACCUUUACAAUGAUGAUGAAAAUUGUGGAUCCAUCAAAAUUGGCCUCACUUUUACUCGCGAGGAGAGGGAUGAAUGUGACGAGGACUACUAGUUUACGUUGUUCAUCCCAAGAAGUUGAGUUUAUGAGAGGGUCGUUGGGUUAUCCAUACAACAAGAAAUAGUCCUAGGAAUAAAUUAUGAAAUGAUAUUGAAUUGUUUGUUUCAAUUAUC